AUGGAGCUCUGUGGAGCUACCUCAAUUUCUUGGACAACCUCCAUGUCCUCCUCUCACUUUUACCGCUUUCACGAAAGCUUAACGGUACGACGGAGAUUUAAGAGGAUUAGAACUCUCUGUGUUAGUAGCGGAAACGACGCAGCAGACCCUCAGAAGGCAAAUGAGAUGAUUGUUUCUAUAACUGGAGCCACAGGUUUUAUAGGUAAAAGAUUGGUUCAAAGAUUGCAUGCAGAUAAUCAUAUUGUGCGGGUCUUGACACGAUCUAGGUCAAAAGCGCAGUCAAUUUUUCCGGUUACGGAGUACCCUGGUAUUGUAAUCGCAGAGGAGUCAGACUGGAAAAAUUGCAUUCAAGGAUCAACUGCUGUAGUGAAUCUGGCUGGAUUGCCGAUAAGCUCGAGAUGGUCUUCCGAGAUCAAGAAAGAAAUCAAGGAAAGCAGGAUUAGAGCAACUUCUAAGGUUGUAGAUUUAAUCAACGGCUCACAAGGUGAACUUCGCCCCAAGGUUCUGAUUAGUGCAACAGCCGUUGGAUAUUAUGGAACUAGCGAAACACGAGUUUUUGAUGAGCAAAGUCCGUCAGGAAACGAUUACUUGGCAGAGGUUUGUCGAGAAUGGGAAAGCACUGCACUAAGAGUCGAUAAAGAUGUGAGGCUAACACUUAUUCGAAUUGGCGUUGUACUCGGAAAAGAUGGUGGUGCUCUAGCUAAGAUGAUACCUCUUUUCAUGAUGUUUGCCGGGGGACCUUUGGGCUCUGGAAAGCAAUGGUUUUCUUGGAUUCAUGUUGAUGACCUAGUAAGCUUGAUCUCUGAAGCUCUGAGAAAUCCCUCGUAUAAAGGUGUUAUAAACGGGACAGCGCCAAAUCCUGUUCGACUAUCAGAAAUGUGUGAUCAUUUGGGGUCCGUUUUGGGACGGCCCUCAUGGCUCCCUGUACCUGACAUUGCUCUUAAAGCCGUUCUUGGAGAAGGUGCUUGUGUGGUCCUUGACGGGCAAAAAGUCCUUCCAACCAAGGCCAAGAAACUCGGUUUCUCAUUCAAGUAUCCUUACGUAAAAGAUGCUCUUCGAUCGAUCGUGCCUUCGUGA